AUGGCCUCUACUCUAAAAGUCAUCUUCCUGUUUCUUUGGUUGCUUCAGUGUGGAGGAGCAAGUGUCGAUGUACAGCAGAAGCCUCCAAUCCAAGUUGCACUGCUUGAGGAAGGAAUAUCCAUCCCCUGUACAGUCAUCUUCCCUUACAUGCCAAAAUACACCACAUUUUCAAUCUUCUAUUACUGGAUUAAUUCACUGGGCCAGAAAACAUCCAUUUACAGUAAGUUGGAAAGCGUAACCAUCCCUCCUGGAGAAGAGCAUAAGACUGCUACUGUAUCUUACAAACACAUAAUCAGGCCCCUUGAAAACACCUCUUCUACUGGCACAUACUACUGCAACGUCAAAUGGAAUGACACCCAGAAGAUGGGAAAUGGAGUGUUUGUCCUUGCUAGAGGUACCGGGUACGUAGAGACCUCUUAUGGGUGGGAAGUCCUCAUUACCUUUACCGUUCUUCUUGCUGCAUUGAGCAUAGCCGCAACAGCUCUGCUUCUGUGGAAAAGAAAGGUGUUGUGCCCUAAAAGGAACCAGCUAAAUAUCCUGAGACAGAAGGUGGAAACGCAGCCCCCUUUAGCUGUCCCACCACCACCAUCUCCUGUCUAUGAUUGCCUGGAUUUGCAGCAAGUUGAUGUCUAUUCUAUCCUCAAGGACAAUACAAACAACCCAUCACCCAGAAAAAGUCCUCCAGGGAAGACACCUAAGAAGCAAGCAACUCUAGAAGAAUCCUGUGAUACACUGUAUGAGAAUAUCUAA